AAAAACGUAUAAAGGCAAUCCAUAUGUCAUCCAGGUACUUAGUCCACCAUCGAGCAUUUGAAGACACUGCAAGAUACAUAAACACAUCUUCACAUCAUGACUGCCACCGCUCAUUAUAUUUGGUCGUUAUACGCACCGUGCCUAUCACCAUCCCCAACGGCACACAAUGACUCCACAAGGUCCGCAGCACCAGCUAUAGAGUUACCUUCUGAGCUUAGGGAGGAAGAGCACCAGAUCAUGUCACAGGGUGUACCAGCAUUUCAUAUGAGUCAUGACAACAUUUCAAUGACAUCCUCCACGUCUACUUUAGACUCUGGUAGUUGCGAAACAUUGGAUAGAUACUUUCAAAGAACGGGUCAGGACGAUUUGUCACUGCGCUUCAGACAUGUGAACCAGGUGCAAUCGGGUACCACUGCAAACAUAUACAGAUCAGUAGAUUUGAGCAAUCCUGACCAAUACGUCGCAUGUAAAGUGUUGAAAAAGUCAAUGGCCUCCACUAGAAGGUUCCGCAAAGAAGAGUUUCUGCACCGAAUCGUAUCAUCUCAUCCCAAUAUUGUAGACCUUUAUGGUACAUACGAAUCCCAGGGAGAGCUAACAUUCGUUCAGGAAUUCUGUAGUCGCGGAGAGCUUCUGGACUCUAUUCCCCUCGAUCAAGGAUUACCAGAACAGCACGUGAUCUACUACUUUGCCCAAAUCAUGGCAGCUGUAGAGUUUAUGCACUCAGUGAACGUCGCGCACCGGGAUAUAAAGCCAGAAAACAUAGUGCUGACGGAGGAUUAUACCGUCAAGGUGGUAGACUUUGGAGAAGCACUAGAUACAACUCGCACCUUUAACGUAGGAUUGGCUGGUACAAUUCCCUACAUAUCGCCAGAAAUAUUAGAUUCGCACAGUCGCGGAGAAAGUUUAACACACACAGACUUCAAAUCCGCCGAUGUCUGGUCGACUGGAGUGGUGCUGUUCGGUAUGUUAACUGGCAGGUUUCCGUGGAACACAGCCACAAUGGAUAAUUCUGAAUUUAGGUUACAUACACAAGGUAUGCACAGUGCAAGGGAAGCCCAACGCUGGGGUACAUUCUGCCCUGCUGUGCACGCACUUGUUAAUGGACUUCUGGCAGUAGACGUAUCUAGGAGGUGGACUGCAAAGUACGCACAACAAUAUAUAGCCCUCACCUGGCCCUCAGUGACAGGUGUGAAGCUUGAGCUUUAGAACAGAUUAUAGAAAAGUGCUGUAUGCGCACUUGUGUUGAACACAAGUAGCUCAAGAUUACCGAGUAGCGUAUUUACCUAUUUAUAGUAAAUACACUCUUGAGAAAUAAAAUCACGCUUCAACGGC